UGAUUCCCCGACACACGGCCACUGUGAUUUGUCUUGUGCGUGCCUCCGGCCUUGCUAUAAUAAACAUACGAUUGUCGAACAUUAAACAUGAGGCUAAUACCAUGCAUGAAGGCGCAGGACGAGGACGAAGACCACUCGCGAUACAUCGACCGGGAGAUCAAGAACUGGAUCAAGAACUAUAAUGACGCUAUCAAACUGCUACUUCUUGGAACUGGUGAGAGCGGCAAAACCACCAUCAUCAAGCAGAUGAAGAUUCUGCACAUACAUGGAUUUAGCCAGAGCGAACGUGUAGAGAAGGCCAACCACAUACGUCACAACAUCCAUGAGUCGAUAUAUGACAUCAUACGCCACAUGGAGCCUUUGGGCAUCAAGCUGGGUAAUGCUAAGAAUGUUCAAGCACAGAACUACAUACUGCGGUGCGGCGCUGACGGUCCACCACACUAUGACGAGGAAUAUUUCGAGAACGUCCGAGCUCUGUGGCGAGACAGCGGCGUCCGCGAGUGCUUUAAAAGGUCCAACGAAUACCAGCUGAUAGACAGCGCCGAAUAUUUCCUGGACAGGAUUGAUCUGAUAGAGAAGUCGGAUUACUCGCCACCCGACGCCGAUAUACUGAGGUGUCGUCAGAAAACUACUGGUAUACAGAAGAUAGAAUUUAAAGUCAAGGUGCCUAAAUCGAUGCACGGCGGUAUACAGGAAUUUUGGAUGUUUGAUGUCGGUGGGCAGAGAGGUGAACGGAAAAAAUGGAUCCAGGUAUUCGAAGGUAUCCAUGCCAUCUGGUUUCUCGUAGCGUGCAGUGAUUUCGACCAAACACUGAGGGAGGACUGCGCCACCAACCGGCUGAAGGAGUCGCUGACGCUCUUCGAAGACGUAUGGCAGAGCAGAUUUCUACUAGAAGCGGGUCUGAUAGUGUUUCUCAACAAGCAAGAUUUGCUCAGCCGCAAGGUGGAGCGUGGGGGGAGCAUCGCCCCCCACUUCCCCGAUUACCACAAUUUUCCCGGACAUGGCGGCGAAUACGAACGAACGAGAGACUUCAUUCGACAGAUGUUUGUUGACGUAACGCAGAAGCAGCGUCGACGCGCGGCAGCGCCGUCCGCCGAGCGGUUCGUGGUGGGCGCCGCGUACCGCCCGCGCGAGUGCUACUUCCACUUCACCACUGCCACUGAUACGGACAAUGUGCGCACCGUGUUUCGAGACACACAUCAGAUUAUAUUGACGCAUGCGCUGUCUAAUAUCGGUGUCUACUGA